AUGGUGCGAACAGACGGCCCAACCUACGACAAUCGUUCUUUCCGUUUCACCAACACUUCUUUGGACCCCACUCUGUUUCCCUUCGAUCCAACCGUUGUGAACAUGACCAUAUUCUAUGACUGUGCCCUUGGGUAUUCCAUCGGCUGGAACAACAACACGUGCAGGGAUUAUAGAGAAAAAGCUUUCUUUUUUGGGUCAAUUUCUGUUGCCUCGAUUCCCGGAACUUGUUCAACACUGUGGGAUUCAACUUCAGACAACGGCAACUGCAAAAAAGGAAUGGAAUGGCUCUGCGACUUGCAAAUCAGACUUAUGACUUGGCCUGUCCUGCUUUUGCAAGCAUGGCUUCUUUUUCUGUUCCUUCUAUUAGGCCCUUCAAUUGCUCUGCGACAUGCAAAUCAGAGAGGUGGUUAUGGUUCUGUAUACAAAGGAAAACUACCCAAUGGCUAUCCUGUUGCUGUAAAGUUAUUGAAGGCAUCAAAAGAGAAUGGGGAAGACUUCAUCAAUGAGGUUGCCAGCAUCAGCAAGACUUCCCAUGUAAAUGUUGUUACACUUCUUGGGUUUUGUUUUGAAGGCAAACAAAAGGCUCUCAUAUAUGAAUUUAUGUCCAAUGGAUCUCUUGACAAGUUCAUUCACAACAAUGCAGACAAGAAUAGUCUAUGCUUGACUUGGGAAAAUUUGCACCAAAUUGCAAUUGGGAUAGCUCGAGGACUUGAGUAUUUGCAUAGAGGAUGCAACACUCGAAUUCUACAUUUUGAUAUAAAGCCACAUAACAUCCUUUUAGAUGAAAAUUUUUAUCCCAAAAUCUCAGAUUUUGGUCUUGCCAAGCUUUGUCCUAAAAAAGAAAGCAUCAUUUCAAUUUCAGAAGUUAGAGGAACAAUAGGAUAUCUUGCUCCAGAAGUUUGGAAUAGAAAUAUAGGUGGAGUUUCACAUAAGUCUGAUGUUUAUAGCUAUGGGAUGAUGCUAUUAGAUAUGGUUGGAGGGAGAAAGAACAUAGAUGUUGAAACCAAUUAUUCAACUGAGAAAUAUUUCCCAUAUUAUAUUUAUGCUCAACUUGAGCAAGACAGCAAUUUGGGAUGUAAUGGGGCCAAUAAUAUGGAGGAGAAUGAUAUUGUAAAUAGAAUGAUCAUUGUGAGUUUGUGGUGUAUCCAGACAUUUCCAAGUGAAAGGCCUACGAUAAGUAGAGUGAUUGAAAUGUUAGAAAGAAGACGUGACCUGUUGGAAAUGCCGCCAAAACCUGUCAUGCCUUCCCCUCCAAGAUUAGAACAAGAAUCUUCCAUCACUGCUACUACGACAACAGAGAUUUUGGGUUUUCAAAACCCUUCCCACAUGCUGCUGGAGGAACACUAGUGUUCAGAAAAUGUGGAAGAAGUGCAGUGUGGUCCCAUAGUAUGGUAUUUAUGGUAAUCAAAUGUUGUCGCUAAAUUGUUUCUUUUUGGUUUGGUUUUUUUUUUUUUUUCC